AUUAACAGAGAAGCAAAACGUCCAUUUCUACUUGAGAACAAGUCGCUGGUCCCUUCAGUCUCGGUUCCCAUCAGAGGGCUCCUGCUUCAGGCUGGUAAAUCUAAGACUAUGGCCCAGAACAUGACUCUGCUGUGGGGCUCCGGCUCUGCUCCCUGCUGGAGGGUGAUGAUCGCUCUGGAGGAGAAGAACCUGCAGGGCUACAACCACAAACUGCUCUCCUUUGAUAAAAUGGAGCACAAGUCCCAGGAGGUGUUAGAUAUAAACCCCAGAGGACAGCUUCCCUCUUUCAAACAUGGAGACAACAUCGUGAAUGACUCCUAUGCUGCCUGUUUUUACCUGGAGAGUCAGUUUAAGUCCCAGGGAAACAGGCUGAUCCCAGACAGCCCAGCAGAACAAGCACUGAUGUACCAACGCAUGUUUGAGGGACUUGCCUUCUACGAAAAACUCAACGCAGUUAUCUACUACAAGUGGUUUGUCCCUGAAGACGAGAGGCAUGACUCGGCUCUGAAGAGAAACAAAGAAGCUCUGGUCACUGAGCUGAAGCUCUGGGAGGGUUACCUGAAGAAGCUGGGCUCAGGCUCCUACCUGGCAGGAAAGACCUUCUCACUGGCGGACGUGACCGUCUUCCCCACUGUUGCGUAUCUCUUCAGAUUUGGGCUGUCUGCUGAGCGUUACCCAGUACUGGGAGAGUAUUACGCUCUGCUGAAGGAUCGGCCCAGCAUCAAAGCCAGCUGGCCGCCUCACUGGCUGGAGAACACUAAGGGACAGGACACACUCAAAGACAUCUGAGGUUCUCACACAGUUUGGAUCGAUUCUACAGACACAUUUAGCUGGAUAGGUUCAGCUCAGUGUGUCAAAUUUGAUACAGCUUUUUUAAUUUUACUGACAAUGAAAAUGUGAUUACCUGUGUGCUGCUGCAACUGCUGCAGAAAUGGUUCUUUUUAUUUCUGUCAAGCUAACUUUCAGAUUUAGUUUAUUUUAGGUCUAUUAUAACCAUGUUCCUGCCAGAUCUUUCUUCUUUUUAGUUUUUUUUUUUUUUUUUUAAAUGACCUGGUAAACACAGGCUUGUAGGGUUUACAGGCAGGCAGCAUAAAAACGAGGACCUUGAUAUUGUUGCGAUAACAAUUUUUGUUUCCAAUAUACAUGGCUUGUACAUGUAACAUUAAUCUGUUGACUAAUACAUGCACAUGUUACUAUGAUAACAGGAAUAAAGUUAAUGUUUCAUCUUUUACUUCA